AUGACAUGCAGCGAAUGUAAAAACCUGAAGACUGUUAUGUGUGAUGAGCUAGAGCUCCCAGAAGUGAAACGCUACAUCAGGAAAGGAAUUCCAAAUGAAUAUCGUAGCCUUAUCUGGAUGACUGUUAGUGGAGCCCAAGCACAGAUGGAAAAAAAUCCAGCUUACUAUAAGAAGCUACUGGAAAUGGAAGAAGAUCCAAAGUUGGUUGAUGCUGUUAAAACAGACAUUAACAGAACAUUUCCUGACAAUGUACAGUUUCGCAAGACUGCAAACCCCUCCUUACAAGAUGCACUCUUCAACAUUUUAGUGGCAUAUGGAAACCACAAUAAAAUAAUUGGUUAUUGCCAGGGGAUGAAUUUCAUUGCUGGUUAUUUACUUAUAGUGACCAAGGAUGAAGAGAAGUCCUUCUGGUUGUUAGAUGCCCUGAUUGCAAAGAUAGUACCGGAUUUCUACACUCCGACAAUGAUCGGGUUAAAGACAGAUCAACAGGUCCUGUCACAGCUGGUGAAGAUGAAGGUCCCUGCAGUGGCUGCAUUAAUGGAAAAACACAAUGUGAUGUGGACGUUGGUUGUGGGGCGAUGGUUCAUCUGUUUGUUUAUUGACAUUCUCCCUGUGGAGACAGUUCUUCGGAUUUGGGACUGUCUGUUCUAUGAAGGAUCUAAAAUCACCUUUCGUGUGGCCUUGACGUUAAUAAAGUACCACCAGGCUUCCAUUUUAGAAGCUAACAGUUUCCCUGCCAUCUGUGAGAAAUUCAAAGAAAUCACACGUGGGUCUGUGGUCGAAGACUGCCACGUCUUUAUGCAGGUGAGUUUGUUCUUUCUGGAAGUUGUGAAGACAAACAUUGUCCAGGAUUAUUGGAAUGUUGAUUGA